UGAGAAGUCACCAGUUUCGCAAGGUUCAGCCAAUCAGAGCCAUAUAGAUUGAAUUUAAAUUUGAAAUUGCUUAUGUUCAUUUGAAGACGCAGUUGCGUGUAUUUGCACUCUUUUUCUUUCAUAAUCAAAAGGUAAAUCACCAUGGAGUCCCAAUUUUCUUACUUGAGACACCGGGACAACAGUGUGGAUAUGCUGCGGAUCAAAAUGUCCCGGAGGAUCAGUCAGAACCAGAAAGAGAAUCGAGAGCGAGCAAUGGAUGCACGAAGACAGCUGGACAAUCUCCAGGAACAGGAACAGGAAUUGGAUGCCUCUUCUGUGUCAAUCACAUCAUCAACAAUGAAAGACUUAACAAAUGUCCAGAAAAAGUCUGCAAAAGACAAGGCCGCAGAAGAGAAACGGAAUCAGCUUGCACGCUGGAAGGAAAGAAAAGCUCUUGAGAAAGAGAAGCAAAAGCGAGAGCGGGAACGAAAAGGGGUGUUUAAGACUGGCCUCUAUCAUCCCAAAGACACGGUUUUCUCUUUGAUUCCAAAAUUGGAGGCUUCAACCAAAGCAAAAGAGACCACAACAAACACAGCUCUGUCACAGAGCAGCAGAGUCACCCGUUCAAAGACACGACAGCAACAGCAGCAAUCGCAAAAGCUUUUGAAAACGCCCAGUUCAAAUAUGGCAGCAAAGAAAGAUGCAACUGCUGCUCAGAGACCAACCAGGGGACAACCAGUCAUUACAGCGGCUAAAAAGAAUGAAGUUCGUGCAGGACCCUCUACCAGGGCAGCCAACAAGGCUGUUCAAGCAGCUCCUGCAGCAAAAAAAGAACCUAAGGACACCAUUCCAGAUCAGAGGAACACAAAGACACUAGCCGUUCUCCCUUUGCCCCGAGCCUCUGCGAACCAAAAUAACUGCACAGAUGACGGCCAGCUGGAUGUCCAUCCUCUUGUGUCGAAGCUGCCAGAGUUAAAUGUGGCGGACCAUCUGGAGUCGGAGGGCGAACUUUACGAGGGCGAGACUUGUAGUUCUGAGGAGAAUCCCGUGCCGUCCUCGUUCGCUCCCGAGGGCUUUGUGUUCCAAGCGCCCGCCGGCUUGGAAAACUUCACUUUUGUCCCGCUCACGCCUUCCUCGGCAAAUCGUUUUUUUGCACCGAGGCCGAUGCCACAGUACUUGACGCGCUCGCGCGUCAGCCUCUGCGAUGUCGCUGUAUUCCGAGAUGCGUGUCUUGCUGAGCCAAGUCAAUCCUCUCCCCCAAAAUCUCCUCACCGCACUCCUCCUCCUCUCCCGGUGACUUUGGGCGGUCUCCUCGACUCAAAACACGAUGUGGCGUAUUUCAGGUCACAGAUGGACAACGAGACAGACAGACUGACAUCGCUGUGUGAUCAGUGGAAGAGCAAAGCCGAAGAUGAGUCCAUCCCUGAAGAAGUGAGAGGCCACAUCCGUACAGCAGUGGGCCAGGCCAGACUGCUCAUGAAAGAGCGCUUCAACCAGUUCAGCAAACUGGUGGAUGACUGCGAGCUGCACCGAGGAGAGAAAAUCACCACCUGCAGCGACUUGGAAGGAUUUUGGGACAUGAUCUACUUCCAGGUCGAAGACGUUAACAAGAAGUUUGAUGCCCUCCAAGGAGGAGAGGCGCGAGGCUGGGUGGAAGAACACAAGCCAGCGCCACCACGGCAGAGGAAAACAGUCAAGAAACCAGCCGCAGCACCUGCCAAGCCAACAUCAACCAAAGCAGGAGCCAAGUCGGGUCUAGCAGCUGUGAAAGCGGCCAUGAGAGCCCAAAAGAAGGCGGCCGAGGCCGCGAAGGCUGACGGUGGCGCCACUGAUGCCGAGUCGUGCCCGUCCUCUCAAGGAGCACAAAGCCGCUCUGACACUGUGGUCUUUGAUGGAGGCUUUUUCCAUGUGGAGAGCCCAGCUAAGACUCGGAACUGCUUGAGGCGAUCCAGCCGUCUGAGCGCCGCCGCGGCGUCUGAGCGCCUUCGCACGCCUCCUAGCUAUCCAACAACUCCGAGAAGAGUCACUCGUCAAUCCCUCGCAUCGGGACAAACGCCCGCCACUCCGGUUCAGCACGAGCGCGCUCUCACUCCCCUCCGUCGUGUCGCCAACACGAGCUUCAGAAAUUCACCGGAGCUGCCGCCAGUCACCCAUCAGCCAUCCCAAAGAGUAAAAAAAUCCACUCGCUUCUCCUUUCUUGCGGGCAUCCCUGCAUCUGCGCCUCCGACUUCGCAGGAAGACGUUUUGCUCGACGACGUCAAAGAAAAUGCACAGCCAGCACAGGCGGAGACAAAUCGGGAGACACUGCUACUUUUUACACCCAACACGGGCAGCAAGACACGCCAGUCAAGAUGCCCCAAUGACCUCAUUUACUUCACUCCGCCACUGUAAUAUAGUUAUCUAAUGUCUUUUGUAACUCUGUUUAAGGGAACAACAAAAAAAUCGUUUUAUUUUGGAAGUUUUGUAACUUGUUAUAUUUACCGUAAAUAAAGUUCUAUUGAGGAAA